CAUAAGCGUGUUCAUAUCAUGUCAUAUAAAAAACUCCUCUCAUUCCAUUCUACAUUUCCUUCUCCCAUGUCCUCGUCCGGUUUCCCAACAUGGCACCAACCUUCUCCAAACCCCAAGCAUCACCCAAAGACCACAGCCUCACAAACCUCAGAACCACCCUAACAGUCCUCACAAUCCUCCACCACACCUCAAUCCCCUACGGUGGUCUCGGCUCAUGGCCAUACAUCUCUCCCCACUACCCAUCCGCGUCCUCACCAACCCUCGUGGCAUUCAACGCCACCAACCAAACUUUCUUCAUGGGCACAUUUUUCUACCUCUCUGGUCUCCUGACCUUCCAAAGUCUGCAAAAGAAAGCACCUUCAGAGUUCUUGUCCGGGAGAUGGUGGAGGUUAGGCGUUCCUUGUGCUGCGUAUUCUCUGCUCGCACCACCUGCUCAGACAUUACUCGUAAGUGUCUGUCGUGGAAGACAACUUUCUGGCACCCAGAUCCAGGAUACAUUCAUUAGACAUGUCAAAAGUCCAAGAAGUGUCAGAGGUCCACUAUGGUUCAACUCUUUACUUUUGGUCUUUGACUCCAUACACGCUCUCUUCAAGCCACAAUUCCAAAAACUCGAUUUUCAUUGGGACUUUCAACAAGCCAUGACGCUAGACAUCCUAGCCAACUUCUUGAUCAGAAUCCCGUUUCCGUUGGGGAGAGAUUACACGCCCUUAAACCUCGAGCUAGGAUAUCUGCCUCAAUAUAUAGCAUCCUAUGUCCUUGGUGCUCGCUCAUCCAGGACGUCUACUCAUAGUGCCACCGAAUCUCAACGGGAAUGGCUCUUGGCAGCUUCUGUUACAUCUGGUCUCAGUCUGAUCGGCUUGCUGUGUCUCUAUCCCCACGAUUAUAAAUUCGAGGAUAUACACGGUGGGAUGAACCUCGUGGCAGCUUCAUAUGCGGUCUGGAAUGAGACGACGGGGUAUUUGAUCGGUACUUACCUAUUGGAUCUAUUCAAGCGCAAGGAAAUUUUACGAAGACAAUGGGGAAAUGUGGGCAGAUAUCAAUAUGCAGCCUUCUUAGUACAUCCUGUUCUUCUAGUCGGUAUCCAAGCCUGGUUCGACGACUGGAAAGUCAGCGGCGUGAUCAAGACUUUCGUUAUUGGCGGUAUCGGAGUUCUAGGAAGUUGGGGUCUAGGUUCUCUUUUCACAAAGCUUGAUAUCCUAGCUAUCCUCUAACCACCAAAAUCGCAAACAAUCUCCACCACUCAUCACCACACCAUCACCCCCUCCGAUUUCCCACCCCCCUCACGCUAUCAUUCAACCUCAAAUUCCCCUUGACAUAAAGACACCCACCCCCCUCCGCCAUUCCACACGUGCCUACCACCACUUCAUCCACAGUCUUCAGAGUCUUACAAUUCCUGUGAUCGAUCCAGCCCAGUAUAUCAUCGACAUCUAGCGCUUCUCGGACUUGUUCGAGGUGUGGGCAUGCUCGCUCUUCUUUUUGGCGGAAGGGGGGGCAGAGAGUUACGCGGGAAAGACGGCAGGGGCAGUGGGUGAAGGUUGAGAGGGUUUGGGUGCACAUUCUUUUCUAUUGAUGCAGAGACUGGGAUUGGUGAGGAGAAGGAGAUAGAUGGGUGGUGGUGGAGGAUAUAAGGAGUUUUUAUUGAUUGAGUAGUGAGUAAGUUAUUCCUAGCAACGCCAUCUCCAAACUCAACGAAAGCAAAUUUGAUUGA